CAGCUGCGCGUACUCUCUUGCGCUGUGUCGCUGUGUGAGCUCACGGUCCACCCUCCUGAAGAUAUGGCACGCCUAGCGCGUGGUAAGAUUCGGUACGAGAGGUAUGAAGAAUUCCUCCAGAUGAUGACGGCGGCAUUGUUGUGUGCGGUAGUCGGGGAGGAGGAGGUGUUUCUCGUUCUUGCGGUGGUGGCGAUGCAGCGACUCCGAGCAUACGAACAGCUCGUAGAACCGACCACGCACGCGGGCAUGUAUCCCACACACAACUUCAUGGAGGUCAUCGGGGGGUUCGACUUCAGGGAGCUCUUCCGGUUCGAAAAACCCGACUUCAUCCUGCUGUUGGAGGUGCAAGAGCUUCCGGCGGAGUUGGAAAUACACAGGGGCGGGUUCGGGACAUCACGGGUUCCCAUGGAGAUUGCGUUGGGACUGACGCUUUGGCGCCUGGCUUGUCCCACAACAUUGCUGAGAGACAGGCUGUUUUGGGGGAUCGGAGAGGCGAUGAUUUGCGAGAUCUUCAACCUCACCAUAACGGCGAUAUAUGAGCGGUGGGGGCAUCUCGUAGGGCAGUUGCAACACGAGGCUAUUCUUCCCAAGAUCGAUAUUUUCUGUGCGGCAAUUGAAGGAAGAGGCGCCCCUUUAGACCGGUGUUGGGCCUUCAUAGAUGGCACUAUUAGGGCGAUCUCGCGACCUAGGGUCAUGCAGAGGCUCUGGUAUAACGGUUGGAAACGCAAGCACGCAUUGAAGUAUCAAGCGGUGGACACUCCCGAUGGUAUAAUCAGGCAGCUGUGGGGGCCGAUGCUUGGUCGCCGCCACGAUGUAGCUCUUGUAGGGGAAAGCGGGCUGUUGCAGUAUUUGGAGCAGUGGUUUAACGACGCCGCAGGAACUCCGUACUACAUUUACGGGGACCCUGCGUAUCAGUUGUCGCCGUGGUUACAGACCCCGUUUAAAGGGGUGCUGACCCAGGACCAGCAAAAUUUUAAUUCGGACAUGAGCGCUUGUCGUGUGACAGUAGAAUGGGGUUUCGGCAAGAUCAUGGCCCUCUGGCCUUACGUCGACUAUGCGAAAAAGCAACAUGUAGCUUUAAGUGCCUAUGGCCUGGGCAAGCAGUACAGUGUAGCCGGCCUGUUGACCAACUGUCAUUCGUGUCUUUACGGUAACUCCACGUCGAAAUUUUUCGGGGUUCGCCCGCCGACUCUUCGCAGCUAUUUGGCUGGAGAGGGAUAGACGGUGCAGGUGCACGACCAGGGUUCGCGAGUAGGAGGAAGGGGGGCGUCGAGGUAGUAGUGAGAUACAUCAAAGUGUUCGUACAUGCCCUUUCCGGGACAUGUCGCCGACGAGGGAUGAUUCGAGGUUAACCUUUAGACGCCUAGGCUUCAGUCGGCUAGACAAUAUGUCACCGAGCGUAAUCGAUGUCGAGGGUUGUGCCCAUUUAGGUUGCCUCCUUCGAAGGGAACACGUUAAGACGCACGUAAUCACGGCUAGUCGAAGCAUCCUUAGAGCAAUCUUCAUUCGAGGUGCGAGAAUCACCGGCUAUGCAUCAACACCGCACUGCCGUACCAUUCGUAUGCAGGCGAGGGGGGGGAUGUUCCACCGGUCCCCGUGUAGGGUGUUUGAUGGGCAGAGGAGGCAGCUUAAUGA